UUUGAGAAGGGGACCCACAAGAGACACAAAAUGCACGCCCCCACGCCACAUCCUUUUUACCCCGCAAUGGGUUGUCAACAGCCAGGCCACCUCGCGGCGCCCGCGGAGGUGCACGCUCACCCCCGCCAGGGUGUGGCGCUGUUCCCCGGGAGCGGGGCAGGGGAGGAGGGGCGCGCGGCGGCCGGGCGGGGCGAGCGGAGGCGAGUGGAGGACGCGUAGACGCGCCGCGGUCCCCGCCUGCCACUGCCCCGCCGCAGUCCCCGCUCCAGUCUACCCGGCACUAGGAACAGCCCCGGGCAGCGCGACGGUCCCCGCCAUGUCUGCGGCCAUGAGGGAGAGGUUCGACCGGUUCCUGCACGAGAAGAACUGCAUGACUGACCUUCUGGCCAAGCUCGAGGCCAAGACCGGCGUGAACCGGAGCUUCAUUGCGCUUGGUGUCAUCGGACUGGUGGCCUUGUACCUGGUGUUCGGUUAUGGAGCCUCUCUCCUCUGCAACCUGAUAGGAUUUGGCUACCCAGCUUACAUCUCAAUUAAAGCUAUAGAGAGUCCCAACAAAGAAGAUGAUACCCAGUGGCUGACCUACUGGGUAGUGUAUGGUGUGUUCAGCAUUGCUGAAUUCUUCUCUGAUAUCUUCCUGUCAUGGUUCCCCUUCUACUACAUGCUGAAGUGUGGCUUCCUGUUGUGGUGCAUGGCCCCGAGCCCUUCUAAUGGGGCUGAACUGCUCUACAAGCGCAUCAUCCGUCCUUUCUUCCUGAAGCACGAGUCCCAGAUGGACAGCGUGGUCAAGGACCUUAAAGACAAGGCCAAAGAGACUGCAGAUGCCAUCACUAAAGAAGCCAAGAAAGCCACCGUGAAUUUACUGGGUGAAGAAAAGAAGAGCACCUAAACCAGACUGGAUGGAAAAUUCCUGCCCUCUCUGUACCUUCCUACUAGAGCUUGAUGUUACAUUAGGGACCGUGGUAUAAUUAUUUUAAUAAUGUUGCCUUGAAAACAUUUUUGAUAAAGAUUGGAAUGUGUUGUAAGUUUCUUUGCUUACUUUUACUGUCUAUAUACAUAGGGAGCAUUUUAAACUUAAUGCAGUGGGCAGUGUCCGAAUUUUUGGAAAAUGUAUUUUGCCUCUGGGUAGGAAAAGAUGUAUGUUACUAUCCUGCAGGAAAUAUAAACUUAAAAUAAAAUUAUAUACCCCACAGGCUGUGUACUUUACUGGGCUCUCCCUGCAUGCAUUUUCUCUGUAGUUACACUUAGGAUAAUCUUAAUGGUUCUACUUCAUGUAAUGUAAAAUUUUAUAUAAUUCUGAAAUUUUUUUAUGUAUUUGUGCACAUGUACAUAUGGGAAUGUUACUCUCUGACUACAACAUGCAUCAUGCUCAUGGGGAGGGGGGAGGGAGGAGGGGAAGGUUGUAUGUGCCAUUUGUAACUUCUGUACAGUAAGACCACCUGCCAAAAGCUGGAGGAACCAUUGUGCUGGUGUGGUCUACUAAAUAAUACUUUAGGAAAUAUGUGAUUAAUAUGCAAAUGAACAAAGUGAGAAAUGAAAUCGAAUGGAGAUUGGCCUGGUUGUUUCCCUAGUACAUGGCAUAUGAAUACCAGGAUAGCUUUGUAAAGCAGUUACUCUAGAGAUAAAUCGGGAAAUUUACACACACACAUCAGUAACCUAUAACUCUCAGUUCCCUGAAGAACUAGUAAUACUGUCUUAUUUACUUAUAAACUUUACAUAUUUGUCUAUUGUCAAGAUGCUACAAUGGAAACCAUUUCUGGUUUUAUCUUCAAAGCGGAGAAACAUGUUGAUUUAGUCUUCUUUCCCAAUCUUCUUUUUUAAACAAGUUUAAGGAACUUCUGAAGAUUUGUCCACCUCUGAUUACAUGUAUGUUCUUGUUUAUAUCAUUAGCAACAACAUGCUAAUGACGACACCUAGCUCUUAGAGCAAUUCUGGGAGAAUGAAAGGAAGUAUAACCCAUAAUCUGCUUGGCAAUAGUUAAGUCAAUCUAUCUUCAGUUUUUCUCUGGCCUUUAAGGUCAAACACAAGAGGCUUCCCUAGUUUACAAGUCAGAGUCACUUGUAGUCCAUUUAAAUGCCUUCAUCCAUAUUCUUUGUGUUGAUAAACUGCACAUGACUACAUAGUAAGUACAGAACAAUAAAGUUGAAAUGGAUGUCUCCAUUGAUCUGCCAAAUCGUUAGAGCAAUUUGUCUGGACUAGAAAAUCUGAGUUUUAAACCAUACUGUUAAGAGUCCUUUUGAAUUAAACUAGACUAAAACAAGUGUAUAACUAAACUAACAAGAUUAAAUAUCCAGCCAGUACAGUAUUUUCUAAGGCAAGUAAAGAUGAUUAGCUCACCUUGAGAUAACAGGUAAGAUCAUAACGAUAUCUCAUGAUGUAAAAAAUAUUAAAGAUACCAAUACUAAGGGACAGUAUCACUCUAAUAUAAUAUGGAUCAGAGCAUUUAUUUUGGGGAUGCAAACUGGUGAUUACUGGCAUUUUAUUAAACUUAAAACUUUGUAGAAAGCAAACAAAAUUGUUCUUGCGAGAAAAAUCACUUUUAGAUUAAAAAACAUUUUUUUAUGUACCUAGGAGUAUUUAAAUCCUUUUCCCAUAAAUAAAAGUACAAUUUUCUUGGUGGCAGAAUGAAAAUUAGCAACUUCUAGCAUAUAGACUAUAUAAUCAGAUUGAAAGCAUAUAGAAUAUAUUAUCAGACAAGAUGAGGGAGUAUAAAAGUUACUAUUGCUCAAUAAUGACUUACAGGCUAAAAUUAGUUUAAAAAUACUAUAUUCUGAAUGCAAUUUUUUUGUUCCCUUGAGACCACAAUUUAACUGUUGUUGGCAGUCUAAGUGUAAAUGUUAACAGCAGGAGAAGUUAUGAAUUGAGCAGUUCUGUCACAUGAUUUCCCAAAUGAAACACUGCCUUGGCUAGAGUUUGAAAAAACUAAUUGAGCCUGUGUCUGGCUAGAAAACGAGUUUAUUUGAAUGUGAAUAGUGUUUCAAAGGUAUGUAGUUACAGAAUUCCUACCAAACAGCUUAAAUUCUUCAAGAAAGAAUUCCUGCAGCAGUUAUUCCCUUACCUGAAGGCUUCAAUCAUUUGGAUUAACAACUGCUACUCUGGGGAAGAGUCUUCUACCCACAGGUGAAGAAAAUGAGCACACCCUUCACACUGUUAUCACCUACCCUUAAGAUGUGAUACACUGAAUGGAAAUGGAUGUAAAUAAAAUUCACUUCUCAUUUAA